ACCUUUUCUCGUCAAGCAGAAUGAGUCAUCGUAAAUUUUCUGCGCCACGUCAUGGCUCUUUGGGAUUUCUUCCCAGAAAGAGGAGCAGGAGGCAUCGGGGUAAAGUGAAGGCCUUUCCCAAAGAUGACCAAUCCAAACCAUGCCACCUCACAGCCUUUGUAGGAUACAAGGCUGGUAUGACCCAUAUUGUUAGACAAGUUGACAGGCCUGGAUCAAAGGUGAACAAAAAGGAAGUGGUAGAGCCGGUUACUAUUAUAGAAACUCCACCUUUGAUGGUUGUUGGAGUUGUUGGCUAUAUUGAUACACCAAGAGGUCAACGAACUCUGAAGACUAUCUGGGCAGAACAUCUAAAUGAAGAGUGUAGACGUCGAUUCUACAAAAACUGGUAUCGUGCCAAGAAGAAGGCAUUCACCAAGGCUUCCAAGAAAUGGGGUGAUGAUGGUGGUAAACAAGCCAUUGAAAAAGACUUUAAUGCAAUGAAGAAGUACUGCAAAGUUAUUCGUAUACUUGCCCAUACCCAGAUGCGCUUAAUGAACCAGCGCCAGAAAAAAGCCCAUAUCAUCGAGAUCCAGAUCAAUGGUGGUACAAUUGCUGAGAAAGUAGACUGGGCACGUGAAAAAUUGGAAAGUCAAAUUCCAGUUACUCAAGUAUUUGUUCAGGAUGAAAUGAUUGAUGUCAUUGGUGUGACAAAGGGUAAAGGAUUCAAAGGUGUUACAUCACGUUGGGGUACAAAGAAACUGCCUCGCAAGACUCACAAGGGUCUUCGUAAAGUUGCUUGUAUUGGUGCAUGGCAUCCUGCUCGUGUAGGCUAUGGAGUUGCUCGUGCUGGUCAGAAAGGUUACCAUCAUCGUACGGAGCUGAACAAGAAAGUAUACCGUAUUGGAGCGGGUAUUCAUACUAAAGAUGGUAAAGUUAUAAAGAACAAUGCUGCCACUGAGUAUGAUCAGACUGACAAAGACAUCACUCCAUUGGGAGGCUUUCCUCACUAUGGUGUGGUAAAGAACGAUUUCUUGAUGCUGAAAGGCUGUGUGAUUGGCCCAAAGAAACGUGUUCUUACUUUGCGCAAGUCUCUACUGACCCAAACAUCACGUAAAGCCACAGAGAAGAUCACACUGAAAUUCAUUGACACAUCAUCCAAGUUUGGUCAUGGUCGUUUCCAGACUGGAAUAGAAAAGCAGACUUUUAUGGGUCCACUCAAAAAAGACGGUCUGAAAAAAGAAACUACUGCUUCCUAAUACUGUGGAAACUAUCAAUUUGUACACGCUACUGUGUAUUGUACAAUGACAAAUUAAAAAUAUGAUGUGAAUGCAAAUGAUUUUGU